GGCUCUGGAGGAAUAUUUAUACGAGACUGGCGCAUUUAACGUCUAAAUAAAUUUUACCUCUACAUAUAUAAACCUUCAUUUUCAGGGGGGAACUACUCCGAUUUUCCUUACAUCCAAUAUUUAACACAUCCUCCCGAAAUCACGAUGAAACCAAGAAACCAACAAGUUAAGGCCGGAGGAAUCGCCGCUUUUUAUUGUGCGGCCCGAGGAGAUCCAACCCCCGUUAUACAGUGGAAAAAGAACAGCAAGCGGGUAUCGGGAACUCAGUCUCGCUAUCAAGUGAAAGAAUUUCCGGACGGGGGUGCAUUGCUGCGUAUUGAACCGGUUAAGGCAGCAAGAGACGACGCCACCUACGAAUGCGUAGCGGAGAAUGGGGUUGGGGACGCCGUCAGCGCCGAAGCCACUUUAACCGUCUUUGAAGCCGAUAAAGUACCGCCCGGAUUCCCGCAAAUAUCGCAACCGCCGGCCACGAGUAAGGUCGUCGAAAUUGGCCAUAGUACUGUACUUACUUGCGGCGCCACUGGUAGUCCUCCGCCUCGAAUUUCCUGGGUUCGUAAUAUGCUUCCUAUAGAUACCUCUAACACCCCAAGAUAUUCAACGAGGGACGAUAUGCCAGGGGCACUUCAAAUAAAGAACAGCGAAGAAAAGGACCAAGGCAAAUACGAAUGCGUAGCAGAAAACUCCAUUGGAACCGAAUAUUCCAAAUCAGCAGUUCUAUACGUAAAAGUCCGGAGGGUACCCCCACAGUUUUCCGUAUCACCGCCGCUAAAAAAAGAAGUAAUGUUAGGCGCCGAUUUAAAUUUAACGUGCGUGGCAGUUGGCUCGCCGAUGCCCUUCGUGAAAUGGCGCAAAGGUGCCACGCAAGAAUUGACUCCAGAAGACAAACUGCCUAUAGGAAUUAAUUAUUUGGAGUUGACGAAUAUACAGGAGUCCGCAAACUACACGUGCGUCGCAGCAAGUGCCCUUGGUGUAAUAGAGACUGUAACAGAAGUUAAAGUACAAUCAUUACCGGGACCUCCAGCUAACGUUAAAGUGUCCGAAAUAACCGCAACGUCAGUACGCUUAACGUGGUCUUAUAAUGGCCCAGAAGACUUACAAUAUUACGUUAUACAAUUUAAACCGAAGUAUGCAAAUCAAGCGUAUAGCGAAAUAUCGGGAAUCAUUACUAUGUAUUAUUCUGUACGUAAUCUCAGCCCUUACACAGAGUAUGAAAUGUACGUUAUUGCCGUGAAUAACAUAGGAAGGGGACCUCCAAGUCCGCCGGCUGUGGUUACAACAGGAGAGACAGCUGAUCCGUCUUUUGGAGGUGCCAAACCGGGGACGUGUCCGAGGAAUGUGCAGGUGAGGCCGCUGAGUUCCACUACAAUGGUAAUACAAUGGGAUGAACCCGAAACGCCGAAUGGACAAGUGACUGGCUACAAAGUUUACUACACGACAAAUCCGCAACUGGCCAUGGCUCAGUGGCAAUCACAAAUGGUGGACAACAAUCAGUUGACAACGAUAAGCGAUUUAAUCCCCCACACAAUUUACACCAUUAGAGUGCAGGCUUUCACAUCGGUUGGCCCGGGACCUCUCAGCCCACCAGUUCACGUCAAAACACAACAAGGUGUGCCGAGCCAACCGACGAAUUUAAGGGCUUCUGACAUUGGUGAGACCGCGGUGACUUUACAGUGGAGUAAACCUACACAUUCGGGUGAAAAUAUAGUGAGUUAUGAACUGCAUUGGAAUGACACUUACGCUAAAGAACAACAUCACAGACGUAUACCCGUUUCGGAAGGGUAUACGUUGACGGGACUUUAUCCGAACACUUUAUAUUACGUGUGGUUAGCCGCUAGGUCGCAACGCGGAGAAGGAGCUACGACUCCCCCCAUUCCUGUUCGUACGAAACAGUAUGUACCGGGUGCACCACCCCGAAACGUUACCGGGGAAGCGGUAAGUCCGACGGCGAUCCGAGUGAACUGGGUGCCGCCGCCCGCCGAACGUAGUAAUGGGAAUAUCGUUUACUACAAGCUGCAGUUUGUCGAGGCCGGCAGAUCUGAUAGCGAGGCGUCUAUCAUCACGUUGAACGCAACUAGUUUUUUACUUGACGAGUUGAAACGUUGGACCGAGUAUCGGAUUUGGGUACUCGCCGGGACGUCGGUCGGAGAUGGACCAUCCUCAUAUCCAAUUACGGUUCGAACCCACGAAGAUGUGCCUGGUAAUCCCGAGGACGUAAAGGUCACUCCGAUAAAUUCGACAACAAUCAAGGUCAACUGGAAACCGCCUCAGGCGAAAGAUCGAAACGGCGUGAUACGAGGAUAUCACAUACACGUUCAAGAAACAAAAGAAGAGGGCAGCCUACUGAACGAACCGAUGAAGUUUGACGUUUUAGAAGAUUCUCUUUUAGAACUAAACGUUAGCGGUUUACAACCAGACACCAAAUACACCAUUCAAGUGGCGGCCCUCACCCGAAAAGGCGAUGGCGAUCGUAGCCCUCCCGUCAGCGUCAAAACGCCCGGUGGCGUUCCGAAUCGACCCGCACUGACGCUAAAAGUCAUUGAAAGAGAACCUACCGUUACAAUUGAGCUGGAAUGGUCACGACCGACACAAACCUAUGGCGAAUUACAGGGUUAUCGGUUACGUUUUGGUGUUAAAGAGCAAGUUCUGAAAGAGGUGUCACUGAAAGGAGUUCACACAACAACAUAUCGCAUUACGGAACUUGAGCGAGGAGUGGAGUACGAAUUUCGUGUAGCAGGACAGAAUCACAUCGGCAUUGGUCAAGAAGCGAUAAAAUACAUGCAUACGCCUGAAGGCCCACCAACCGGUCCACCGACGAACAUCAGCUACCAUUUCCAAACUCCUGACGUUGUCUGCAUCACGUGGGAUCCGCCAAGUCGCGAGCAUCGCAACGGUCAGAUAGUCAAGUACGACAUUCAGUUUCACAAAAAGUCGGACCACAGCAAUAUAAUCGAACGCAAUAUCACCACAACGAAGGCAGUGUUUACUAAUUUGGAGGAGAACACCGAGUAUGUCUUUCAUAUUAAGGCGUAUACCAGUCAAGGUUCCGGGCCGUUUAGCGAGAAAAUUACGAUACAGACGGAACGAGACAUUGGACGCGCUCCAAUGUAUGUUAGAGCAGUAGCCACUUCAGAUUCUAGCGUCGAAGUUUGGUGGGAACCCGUGCCGUCGCGCGGGAAGGUGAUCGGGUAUCAGAUAUUUUACACAAUGACAGCCGUAGAGGAUCUGGACGAAUGGCAGCAAAAGUCCGUCGGGUUAACAGAGUCGGCCGAUUUAAUCAAUUUAGAAAAAUUUGCUCAAUAUGCAAUUGCGGUUGCAGCUAGACUGAAAAAUAACGAAUUAGGCCGGCUCUCUGAAAAGGUGACAGUGAAGGUCAAACCUGAGGAUGUUCCCCUGCACUUACGAGCGUAUGAUGUUACCACGCAUUCGAUGACGCUAUCGUGGUCCCCUCCGAUCCAUCUUAAUCCGAUUAAUUACAAAAUUUCUUUCGAUGCCGUUAAGGAAUUCGUUGACGCGCAGGGAAUUACGCAAACUGCCGCCUUUGAGAAGGUCGAAAUACUGCUGAAGCAAAGCGUCAAGUCGCAUACGAUUAAUAAAUUGUCGCCUUUUACAACGUACAAUGUAAAUGUAAGCGCAAUUCCUACCGAUUACUCAUACCGUCCUCCAACUAAGAUUACGGUAACGACCCAAAUGGCCGCUCCGAAACCGAUGGUCAAGCCUGACUUUUACGGGGUAGUUAACCACGAGGAGAUACAUGUGAUUUUACCACAAGCUUCUGAGGAGUACGGGCCCAUUAGUCAUUACUACCUGGUUGUCGUACCAGAAGACGAUGACGCAAGUCAGCGUAACCCCGACGAGUAUUUAACAGACUCGAUCAUCGAAAAUUUGAAGAAAAGUCCCGACUCAGCGAGCAUUCCGUACAUUGCGGCCAAGUUUCCUCAACGUAACAUACCGUAUACGUUCCAUUUAGGUACCGGCGAGGAGUACGACGGAUUUAGAAAUCGCAAAUUAGAACUAGGGAAAAAAUAUCGAAUUUUCGUGAGGGCUGUGGUCGAUACUCCGCAGCAAGAUUUGUAUACUAGUAGUCCGUUCUCAAAAUCGUUAAGUUUAGAUAUGCCAGGCGUACCGCCGGGCGAUCCUCCAUUACGACCUAAUCCAAAUGUGCCUACGGAGAACGACGUUAAGAUAAAUUCGCAACAGAAAGAGGCGGGGAUAUUUUGGGUAAUCGUACCCAUAAUUGCCGCUCUCAUGUUAUCAAUCAUACUAGUGCUCUUAUUUAUUCUUAAGAAACGCAGACAGCCGUGCAAGACUCCCGAUCAGGCUGCAGUCACUCGACCGCUGAUUGCGGCAGAUUUAAACAACAGCAUCGCGCCGAGCGAUCCGGUCGAGAUGCGCCGAUUGAAUUUCCAAACUCCUGGCAUGAUCUCGCAUCCGCCAAUACCUAUACUCGAACUGGCAAAUCACAUCGAUCGACUAAAAAUGAACGAUAACCUCAAGUUUUCUCAGGAGUAUGAGAGUAUCGAGCCGGGCCAGCAAUUCACUUGGGAACACUCGAACAUGGAGAUUAACAAGCCCAAAAAUCGCUACGCUAACGUAAUCGCGUACGAUCACAGCCGCGUUAUUUUACAACCAGAAGAAAGUCUUUUGGGAAGUGACUACAUCAAUGCUAAUUACUGUGACGGCUAUCGGAAACACAACGCUUACGUCGCGACGCAAGGACCCCUACAGGAGACCUUCUCGGACUUCUGGAGAAUGUGCUGGGAGUUACACACCGCCACAAUCGUUAUGAUGACCAAGUUGGAGGAACGUACCCGAAUUAAGUGUGACCAAUACUGGCCGACUCGCGGAACCGACACCUACGGAUGUAUGAGUGUUUCGAUUACUGACGUUCAGGAACUCGCCACGUACUGCAUUCGGACUUUUCAAAUUCAUAGGCAAGGGCACAGUGAACGUAGAGAAAUAAAGCAGUUACAGUUUACCGCUUGGCCGGAUCAUGGAGUACCCGACCAUCCGGCGCCAUUUCUGCAAUUCUUACGGCGAGUGCAGAGCAUGAAUCCGAUUAAUGCUGGACCCGUGGUGGUUCACUGUUCAGCUGGGGUGGGGCGAACGGGCUGUUUCAUUGUCAUCGAUUCCAUGUUGGAAAGGAUGAAGCACGAGAAGUAUAUCGACAUUUACGGUCACGUGACAUGUUUGAGAGCUCAACGAAACUACAUGGUACAAACGGAAGACCAAUAUAUUUUUAUACACGAUGCACUUCUGGAAGCUGUGAUCUGUGGGCAAACCGAAAUUCCCGCGCGCAACCUUCACUCCCACAUUCAGAAACUAAUGCAGCCAGAAAUCGGAGAGAACAUCACCGGAAUGGAAUUGGAAUUUAAAAAGUUGGGCAAUAUAAAGAUCGACUCGUCGAGAUUCGUCACCGCGAAUUUACCAUGCAAUAAGCACAAAAACCGUUUGGUACACAUUUUACCUUACGAGAGCACAAGGGUAUGUUUAACGCCGAUGAGGAACGUCGAAGGAUCGGAUUAUAUUAAUGCCAGUUUCAUUGAUGGUUAUCGUUACCGUAAAGCUUACAUAGCGACUCAGGGUUCGCUUUCUGACACAGUCGAUGAUUUCUGGAGGAUGCUUUGGGAACAUAAUUCUACCAUUGUCGUCAUGUUGACGAAACUAAAAGAGAUGGGAAGGGAAAAAUGCCACCAAUACUGGCCGAGCGAUAGAUCAGUGAGAUACCAAUGUUUUGUCGUCGAUCCCAUCGCGGAGUACAACAUGCCGCAGUACAUAUUGCGCGAAUUUAAAGUGACGGACGCGCGAGAUGGUUCUUCGAGGACCGUGCGCCAGUUUCAAUUCACCGACUGGCCAGAGCAGGGCGUACCUAAGUCCGGUGACGGUUUCAUCGACUUCAUCGGUCAGGUUCAUAAGACGAAGGAACAGUUCGGUCAGGAUGGUCCCAUUACGGUACACUGCAGCGCCGGUGUCGGUAGAACUGGCGUUUUUAUAACUCUAAGCAUAGUGUUGGAACGAAUGCAAUACGAAGGUGUCGUCGAUGUAUUCCAGACGGUGCGGAUUUUGCGAACACAACGACCUGCCAUGGUUCAAACUGAGGAUCAGUACCAAUUCUGCUAUAGGGCUGCUUUGGAAUAUUUAGGCUCAUUCGAUCACUACACCAACUGAUGGUAGCUUAAACGCUGUGGAGGACAAGGCAGUCUGGAACGGAGAGACAAUAACUGCCAUACGUUAUAUAAAUUGUGCUGAUUUGUUAAUAUUUAACUAGUAAUUACUGCCAACCUAAGACAUUUACGUGAAGCUAUGUUAAAAAAUAAAAAUAGUGAAUAUAAAUAAUUAAUUUAAAAAUAGUGUGCAAAAAUAUAUGUGAACAACGUGCCUACAUAUUUAUUAUAAACAGAAUUGUUCGAGAAAAUUGGCUAGAAAUGUGUGCACUAUUGAAAUUGUUCCGGGACGUUGAGAUUAUUGGAUGAUAUUCUAAAAGUUUUAUACUUUACCGAUGUAUUUAAUUUUUGUAUCAAUAGCAGCAGCUACGCUUGUUAGAUACCUCAUAUACAUAUCGAGUUUUUUCACUAUUAUUUUAUACUUUUUUAUAUUUUUAGAUUUAAGUUCUUAUAAUCGUUUCUCAUGUUGUUUAUAUAUGAAUGUUAAGGCAAUUAACUCACUUAACUAACGUGAUGACUGAAUUAGCGAUUAAUUUUGUCCUUGUAUAAAGUGUAAAGAAAUCUGGAGCAGCUGGAUUUUGUCAAACUAGAUAAAGGGUAGUUUUACAAGUUAAAGAAAAAUCAUCACAUUAUUUGUGCGAAGCCAAAUUGUUUGCCUUGGUACUGUUAAAGUGGUGGAUAUCUAUAAAGAUUUUACUCAGAUUUUUCGGCAUACAAACACAUGUACGGGCGGACGGUAAAAUAUUUUAUAAAUUGAGUAAUUAGAUCUUAAUUUUUGAUAAAUGAGAUCUCUUUAGAAUUUUUUAGAAAAUGUAUUCUUAGAAAUUUAAAUUUUUCCUUUUGAUAAUGAUCUACCUUAAUAUUUAACAAUACCAUUGUCAUCUCGUACAGGAUGUACGUUUAAAUAUGCCAUCGAUAUUAGUACUUAGACUGAUUUCCAUCCCUUUAAUUUUAUUAUUUUAGACAGAUCUAUUAUAUUUUGUAAAAUAAAGCAAGUGUUGUAGCACGUCGAUGAAUGAAUAUUGAGAAAAUAAAUUCUGGAUCAACAAA